AGCUGCGCGGUUCGACACCAUGAUUAAGUCACAGAGGGCACUUCCGAGAAACCGAACCGAGUUUGGCUUCCUGGCGACUUUGUUGCACUCUACUACGCGCAGAGGACUUCGCAAGGAGGCCUAUCCAUCACCGAAAUAGUUCUGCCUUCGCUUAAAGCAAGCGGGAUACUAGGCGUGCCCGGUAUAUUCCAUCCAUCACAGAUCGAAGGCUGGCGGCAUGCUGUGAGGGGUGUCCAUGACAGGGGUGGUUUAAUCUACGCUUAGCUGUGGCACGCUGGUCGUCGGGCAACGAUUCCGCACAUGACGGGGUCCCCCACAUUGAGUGUUUCUGCGACGCCGUGGGAUGAUGAGAAGUUUGCCUUCCGAGACCUCGUCACGAAGGCAACGACAUCGUAUAAGGAUCAUCCACCUCAGUCAUGUCCCUGGAUGACAUGGAACGCACCAUUGCCGACUUUUUCACCGUAGCUAGGACCGCCAUCGAAAUUGGAUUCGAUGGUGUUGAGAUCAACAGCGGUAAUAGUAACCUCCUUGACCAGUUUCUUCACUCAAAUAUCAACAAACGGACAGACGCGUACGGUGGCAGCCCGGAAAAGCGAGCUAGGUUCCCACUGGACCUUCUAUCGGUUGUCGCCAGCGCAAUCGGCCCUUCCAACGUCGGUAUUCGCUUGGAGCCGACGGGAAUCGACAAUCACACCCGCGGAACCGAACGGAUAGAGACUUGGGCCUAUCUCUGCUCCCAAAUCGCCCGGAACUACGUCGGCAAAGACCGCUUAUCUUAUGUGCAUUUCAUCGAGCCCCGGUUCGACCGCAUCGAUUCCGAGGCGGAAAAGGAUGGCUUUUAUCUCAAUUGGAGUUCGCCAGAGGUCUCAAGUCUUCAUUUCCGGCAGAUCCUUGAGGGAACGCCCGUCUUCAGUUGCGGCGGCUGGGGUUCUGUAAAUUUUAAGCAGGUACUGGAGCGUGGAUGGGAUGCAAUUGCGUUUGCCACAUGGUUCGUGAGCAGCCUCGACUUGCCCGCCCGUCUUAUGAACGGCGCUCCGCUGCAUGCUUAUGACCGAAGCCGGUUUUACGGCUCUUAGGACGGCGUGAGAGGACCGGAUAUGUUGAUUAUCCCACGUUUAAGCACGUGACUAUUAUCGAACAUGGUCAAGUUACCAUAAAGUGAGAGCCAUAUUAAGGCACAAGUUCAAGAAACCGCGGUGCAUUGAACCUUUCUAAACAUGAUCUC